UUGGUGAUGAACGGGGGUACUCUCGCUCUCUCCCUCUCUGUCUCCCUCUCGCUCCACCAGUGACAGCUGAGUGGCUGGGAGCUAAUUGCUGUUGCGUGAGGUCAGAGAGACAUUUAUCUGACUGAGCUAGCCUUCCCUGCUAGCCCACAACAGACAGACAGACGGACAGGGAGGAUGUUGCACAGCUCACACUACAGAGAGGAGAGCCUGGCUGCUAAAGCACUGACUAACUGAGAAGUCCCAGGGACAUGCACACACAUACAUACAGUCUUUCUCUCUCUCUCACACACACACACACCUACACACACACAGGUUGUCAGUGAUCAGGAGCAGUGGGAUCACAGGAACUCUAAAGCUUCUAAGGAAGAGGAAUACCACUAACUGUUUCAUCUCUAAACGCUCCAUACUAAUCUCUGGCCUCCACAGAACCCCUGAAACAUCUGGAAACAUCCGGAAACAGACAAGACAAUGUCUGCUGUUGGACGACGGUCUCCUCUGCCGGGAUCACACAGCCGACACACACAGUGAGGAUUACACUGAGACAGACAGACGGACAUCAACAUAAAGACUGGCCUCAUUCAUACAGAGAGACAGUGAGACAGACUGACGGACAUCAACAUAAAGACUGGCCUCAUUCAUUCAGAGAGACAGUGAGACAGACUGACGGACAUCAACCUACAGCCUUGUGUCCUUACAACAGAGAGACAGACAACAGCUCCAAACAGAGAGAGACAUCACACUAGUGCCUGGUCACUCUGCAACCCUCCUACCCUCCACCCACUCCACCUCCCACCAGCUGGCCUCAGCGCCCCAGCCAGGGGUUACAGGUCACAGGUUAGGGGGACCAGCCCGUCCAGGCUCCUAGUGAACAGCGCUAGGAGGGCUCCGUCUGGCACUCUGUUCUGUUCUGUCUGCCGGAGCAGACAGCAGUAUUUCAGCAUGUUGUCCGUGGCGCCCCACAGCAGUGCAUUAUAAUGCCCAGAUGGAUGCCACUGCCAUGCAACCUGCCUAACUUGCUGUCGGGACUGUACCUUCACCUCAUCUUCCUGCUGGGCAGCGUGUGUGUGGCCUGCAGCAACUGCACACCCGAGCAGCUGGCCGCCAUCAUGAACUGCUCCAAGCACGAGCACCACGCACGGAACUACGACUACAUGGAAGGGGGAGAUGUACGCAUACGACAGCUGUUCAGCCGGACGCAGUGGUUCCUUACCGUCGACGACUACGGCAACAUCAACGGGACACAAGACCCCACCAACUGUUACAGUAUCCUGGAGGUCCGUACGGUGUCCGAGGGAGGAGUGUUAGCUAUCAAAGGAGUGAAGAGUCAGUACUAUAUCUCCAUGAACAGGACUGGCCUGCUGCAAGGCAAGAAAAUCUACAAUGAGAACUGCAACUUCAAGGAGAUUUUCCUAGAAAACUACUUCAACGCUUACUCGUCUGUUAAGUCGAGCAGAGACGGCAAGGAGAUGUUCAUUGCUCUGUCUCAAAAGGGCAGACCACUGAGAGGGAAGAAGACCAGGAGGGAACACAUCACCUCCCACUUCAUUCCCAUGAAAUGCAGAGAGGAGGAGAGGACUGGCGUCUGAGAGAAGGAGACUGAAAAAGGAAGAGGUGACUGGAGCCUGAGAGGAAGACAGGACGGAAAGAGGAGAGGAGGAGAGGACUGAAGGAGGAAAGGACUGAAAGAGGAGAGGAGAGGACUGAAAAAGGAGAGGACUGAAAGAGGAGAGGAGGAGAGGACUGAAAGAGGAGGAGAAGACUGAAAGAGGAGAGGACUGAAAGAGGAGAGGAGAAUAUAUCUGAAAGAGGAGGAGAGGACUGAAAGAGGAGAGGAAAGAAAUGGGGCUUUAAAGGAGGAGAGGAGAGGAUGGGCCUGAGAGUUGAGAGGACUGAGAGAGCAGAAAUGACAGAAAGAGGAGUAAAGAAGGAUAGGAGAGGACUGAGAGAGCAGAGAGGACAGAAAGAGGAGGAAAGAAGGAUGGGAGAGAGGACUGAGAGCAGAGAGGACAGAAAGAGGAGGAAAGAAGGAUAGGAGAGAGGACAGAGAGCAGAGAGGACAGAAAGAGGAGGAAAGCAGGAUAGGAGAGAGGACUGAGAGAGCAGAGAGGACAGAAAGAGGAGGAAAGAAGGAUGGGAGAGAGGACAGAGAGCAGAGAGGACAGAAAGAGGAGGAAAGAAGGAUGAGAGAGAGGACAGAGAGGACAGAAAGAGGAGGAAAGAAGGAUGGGAGAGAGGACAGAGAGCAGAGAGGACAGAAAGAGGAGGACAGAAGGAUAGGAGAGAUGACAGAGAACAGAGAGGACAGAAAGAGGAGGAAAGAAGGAUGGGAGAGAGGACAGAGAGCAGAGAGGACAGAACAGAAAGGACUGAAGCUGUGACGUCUGGAUGAAGAGACCCAUGUUGGGAUUCUUGGACGUUGUGACGGCUGAGCUGCAGAUCUUUGUUGUAUAAUUGAAUAUAAUCUAACUCCAGUCGGUACAGUAUACCACUUCAGUCACGUCAUAUUAGCUGUGAAACACUGAGAAAAUACAACUACUCAUCAUUAUCAACAACACCACUCUCCUGGCUGGUACAAUGUAAAUAAGUUCUGUAGUUACUUAUCCUUUCAUGUGCCAAGGUUUUUAGUGUAAAACUGAUGCACGGUCCUCCUCAGGAGUGCGAAUGUUAAAGGUCCAAUGCAGCUGUUCUGAGUAACAAUUAAGUACCUUACUGUGAUUGAUUUCAAUAAAAAUUGUGAAAAAGAAACAACAUUUGCUUCUUAGCAAAGAGCAAGUUUCUCAAGCAAGAAUUUAGCUGGAACAGUAUGUGAUUGGUCUGAGUGGGGAGGGGAAAACUGAAAACUAGCUGUUAUUGGCAGAGAGAUGUGAAACUCUCUUUCUUAUUGGUGAUGUCAACAGGCAGGCUAAAACUCCACCCACCAAAACAGGCUGAAAUGUCAUGCAGUUAUCUCAAACAGCUCCUACACUAAAAGGGAAUUAUCAUGAUUUUCAACAUUUCACAGUAUUAUUCCAACCUCACUGUGUGGAAAUAUAUCUAAAACAACAGGUAGUGGUCAAUAAUACUAACAAUAUCCUUGAUAUGGAUGAAGUCAAGCACUCUGUUUCAGCAUAACGGUUGUUUUGGGAUAAACGCAAUACAGGGAAAGUCAUUAGAAAAGGGAUGUUUGAGAACAUUUAUAAUAAAACUGUUCCUACUGACUGAAUUCUCCAGGUAAUGUCAAAAUGUAAUGUCAAAAUGUAAUGUCAAAGUAAGCUGAUCAGUCACUUACUUUACUCAAGAAAAGUAUUAUUAUUGAUAAUAGUUGUACUAUUAUACUAGUCGUACUUCCCUUAUUAUAAUGGGUAAUAGUGUAAUGAAUAUAGGAGAACUAAUAAAAUACAGUUGGUAUUUACCUGGAAUUUGCAAAAACAAACAGCUGGUUAUAAUUUGUAUUAUUAUGGGUGGUUCGAGCCCUGGAUGCUGAUUGUCUGAGAAACGUGGUAUAUCACCGGUAUGACAAAACAUGUACUUUUACUGCUCUAAUUCCAUUGGUAACCAGCUUAUAAUAGCAAUAAGGCACCUCAGGCGUUUGUGGUAUAUGGCCAAUAGUUGCUUCAUGCAUAACAGCCCUUAGCCGUGGUCAUAUACCACACCCCCUCGGGCCUCAUUGCUUCAUUAUAGACUACUUAAUCAAUCAAGAAAAUUUUAAACGAUGUGAUAUCAAAUGGCACCUAUUGCAGUGCUCCAUGUUUCAUUUCAUCCCAAACAUUCUAAGAGCUCGUUACUGAGUAAUAAUUAUUUGUUUCAAUGUUAUGUCUAAGAGCUAGUAACUGAGUAAUAAUGAUUUGUUUCCAUGUAAGUAAAUUGCAGGUAGAAAGCAGACUGUAAAAUAAAGUGUAACUAAACAGAGUAUAAUAAGCAAACAGUACCAUAUACAUAUUAACAGGUAUGAACUGUCAGCAGAGAACUACCAAAGCAAAAACUCAGUUGGCUUGAUGUUGGAUCAAUGUAAAGACAGACAGCAAGCUGGACUUGUCUUUUCACUGUACAAGUGUUCAAAGCAUACCAUAUACAUACAUACAUACAUACACACACAAUAUAUACAGUAUAUUGAUAAAUAUAUAUGUACGAACUAAAAUACAUAUGUAAUUACAUGUGACAGCUGCUCAUUGACUCCCAAUGAAUUUACUAAGGUUUCAUAAUGACUGUGUACCAAAUGGCACUGUAUUUCCUACAUAUAUAAAAUAAUGUACUUUGUGGGAUAAAUAAAGUAUUUUUAAUGUAAUUAAAAGUAGUGCACUAUGUAGGGAAUAGGGUGCAGGGAAUGUGGGGAAUGUGGGACGCAGGUUUAACAAUGCAAGAGUGUAACGCUGAUGAUGCUGAUGAAGUUAGGAAUGAUAUCUGGAUUAAAGUACAGAGACACCAGAACACACAGCGUGUUAAAUGUGUAUGUUAUACUGUAUGCCUUGAUCUUCCUCCACUAUAAUUAAUGAUUAUAUCAAUUGUUAGCGUUGUUCUCUGUUAUGCACCUGACGUGUUAAAUGGUAUUUCUUUAAACUAGCACCCUAUUCUAUAUAUAGUGCACUACUUUUGACUGGAGCCCUAUGGGCCCUGGUUAAAAGUAGUGCACUACUCAGACAAUAGGGUGCCAUUUGGGAUGUAUACAGGCUUUUUUUCUGUUGAGACAUUCCAUGUUCUGCCAGAUACCAUAAUGCUUUACUAAGGUAUUGUUGGUCUCACUAAGGAAUUGAAGUUAACUGCAGCAACAUACCAGAGGCUUCAUUUAACCACUUCAUUCCUUUAAUCUCUUCUGUUUUGGGAUGUUCCUGAAGCACAUCACAUAUACCGUACUCGUCAUCUCACUACCUACAGAAAGACCUUUUAAAUAACGUUUUAACAACCUUUUAAAGACAUUCACUCUGUCUGCACAGUUACAACUAAACUGCAAAAUGUCCAUACUGGCCUAUAACGUUUGUGUUAUUAUCCAUUGUUUUAACUUAUUAUUUGUGUUAUUUAUAUAAAAAACAAAGAGGAGUUAUUAUGGGGUGUUUGGAGUGUAAAUUAUUUAUUUUUUAAGAUGUGUUUUGCUGCGGCAUCUUUGGGGACAUAAACCAUGCCCUCAUUCUGCCACUACCCAUAAUCCUCGCUGGCCAGGAGUGUGAGCAGAGGGUUCGGUUUGAACCAGAGAAACAACAACAUAUCACCUGCCAACAACACAUUCGAGGAACAGCAAAAUACAAGACAUUCAGAGAAUAACUGAAUGGCAAAAUACAAGACAUUCAGAGAAUAACUGAACAGCAAAAUACAAGACAUUCAGAGAAUAACUGAUCGGCAAAAUACAAGACAUUCAGAGAAUAACUGAUCGGCAAAAUACAAGACAUUCAGAGAAUAACUGAACGGCAAAAUACAAGACAUUCAGAGAAUAACUGAAUGGCAAAAUACAAGACAUUCAGAGAAUAACUGAACAGCAAAAUACAAGACAUUCAGAGAAUAACUGAUCGGCAAAAUACAAGACAUUCAGAGAAUAACUGAACGGCAAAAUACAAGACAUUCAGAGAAUAACUGAAUGGCAAAAUACAAGACAUUCAGAGAAUAACUGAACGGCAAAAUACAAGACAUUCAGAGAAUAACUGAACGGCAAAAUACAAGACAUUCAGAGAAUAACUGAACGGCAAAAUACAAGACAAUCAGAGAAUAACUGAACGGCAAAAUACAAGACAUUCAGAGAAUAACUGAACGGCAAAAUACAAGACAUUCAGAGAAUAACUCGUCAGGAAUAUAAAAAGGAUCCUCUGUGCUGAUGUCAUAUGGAUAAUAAACCAGCAUAUAUCUGACAACUUAAGUGUUUUUUAUUUUAAACACAGACACUUGAUAUACAGAAUGGCAUAGGGUUCCACCAUCCUACUAUGUUCUAUAACGGCGAUGCUAUUGACCCUGUUAAAAUCCGUAAUAUGGUCCUCGGUAAAGAUGGAACAGAUCAUGACGAGAGGUGGGGAGUGUGUUAUGUACCUCCAUUGAAAUUGAUUUGCAAAGUUGGAUCAAAAUUGGUGUCAUACUGCCUUAGAUGUGAUGGUAGGAAGAUUUGAUUUUAAAAUUGAGCAUUAAUCAAUGCCUCAUGUACCAUAACAAUGUUUUAUACCUUAUAUCAUAUAUCAUAUAGCAUACAGUAUUAUUGGAUUGUGGGUUUACCUGUUAAACCCUGACAAGAGACAAGUAUCCCUGUCUGGUGAUCCUCUAAGAUAUUGUAGGAUCUUACAGCAUCUUCUAGGAUCUCGAAAGAUAUUUUCAGGAUGUGAGCUUGGCUGGGAUCUCAAAAACAUAUUAAGAGAUGGUGAGUCAAGCCCCCUACAGAUCCAUAUAUCAUUCUAACAACACCUUCCAUUAGUCUCUUCAUACUGAUGGCCUAAAAAUAACCUUGUGCAGUUUAAAGGUCUGCUGCAGGUCUGGGUCCUUCAGACUGCCGACGUUAAUAAAACUCUCAGUCUCACUGUGUUGGAGUUUUCUCCAGAGAUGUUAACCAGACUAGUUCCCAUCUUAUACAA